AUGUUUCUUCCAAACUCCAAAUGGACGUGGUCCUUCACCAUCGUUGCCCUCGUCCAAGCAGCCCUCGUUCUUGCUUUUGAAUGUUAUGUCUUUGCACACUUCCAGAUCCAUCUUCAGCACUCAAACAAUGCUGGUAGUUCCAGUUCUUCUCGAACCAUCCCCACCUUUUUAACCCUCUACAUUUUCGGCUUCCUUUACCAACUUCUACUUGUGUGGGACGCUCUGCGCAUGAAAAACACCAUUCAAGUCAUUGGACUGGUCAUGUAUAAUGUUGGUCUGCUCAUCUAUGGCGCCGUCCAGAUGGAACAGAUUAAAGAAGCUAUAUUUGACCUAGCUGAGGAUGAGGUUCUUCACGAAGACAUCUGGGCCGAUACCAAACCCUUCCUUAUUGCGAUACCUGCCAUAAUCGCCGUCGGCACGAUUGCCCUGGGUGUUUGCGCCUGGAAGCUCUAUGAUGAAUUCGCCUGGACCAUUUACAAGAGGAUCUCGGCAGAUUUAAGGAUGAAACGACGAUACCUUCAGUAUCAGAUUUACAUCGCUUUGCUCAAGUUCGAUUUCUUUUUCUUUCUGGGCUUCACAGUUCAAUUUGUCGUGAUUGUCACACAACGACAAGUUGAAUUUGCUCUGACUAUCGCCGCCAUGCCUGUCACCAUCAUGAUUCUCCUAGCCGCGGCCUGGUUCGUUCGGAAAGAGAACCUCUGGGGAACAAUUGCAGUUGUUGUCCUCUACUUUGGUGGCUUGGCCUACUUUGUUUUCAAGCUGGUCCGAAUGUACUCAUCUGCUCGUGAGGACGCUUAUCGACCAGCACGGAAAGAACUGGCCUCCUUUGCAGUUCUAACCAUCAUUUUGAUUCUACUCACGAUCACGAAUGCGUGUAUCUGUGCAUUCAAUUACAACAAGGGUCUAAAGCCUUACAUUUACAAGACAAGACCUAUCGAGGAGGACGAGAAACCAAUGGGCAGCGCAUAUGCCCCCUACGCAACCGAAAUGGAACCUCACGUGGGUGGAAAGAGACCAAUGGCUGGACCAUCAAACGCUGGACGAAUGGAAAUUGAUUAA